AUGAUCCAGAACGCACGGGGAUAUCGAAUCCACGAAGAACCGUACGACACGCCGCGCAAGAUCAGGGUCAUCCACAUCGGCGCGGGGGCCUCGGGUAUCACAUUCUCCAAGUUCGUCGAGGAAUGGUGCAAGAACGUCGACCUGCAGAUCUAUGAGAAGAACAAGGACGUCGGGGGCACUUGGCUUGAGAACAGAUACCCAGGUUGUGCGUGCGACAUCCCCUCGGCGUCAUACCAAUUCACGUGGGAGCGAAACCCCAAUUGGACGCAGUAUUACUCCGAGUCGCCCGAGAUCUGGCAGUACUUCAAGGAUGUCGUCAACAAGCACGGGCUGAUGAAGUAUGUGAAACUGGAACAUGCAGUAGUAGGCGCCUAUUGGCAACCCGAGGAGGGGGAGUGGGAGGUUCGAGUUCGACGACCAGAUGGAACCGAGUUUGUGGAUCGGUGUAAUGUGCUUGUUAACGGGGGUGGCAUCUUGAACAACUGGAAAUGGCCUGACAUUAAAGGCCUGCAUUCGUUCAAAGGCACCCUCGUGCACAGCGCCAAUUACGACCCGUCGCUGGACCUGAACGGCAAACGCGUCGCCGUCAUAGGCAUCGGCAGUAGCGGCAUCCAGAUCAUCUCCAAGAUCGCAUCCCAGGUGAAGCAGUUGUACUUGUGGGUAAGGUCGCCGACGUGGAUUACAGCAGGAUUUGCUCAGAGAUUUGCGGGCCCGAACGGAGCGAACUUCCACUGCAAGUAUAACAAGCCGCCUGGCUGGGCAUUCGCCGAAAAUCCGGAACUGUUCCUCAAGUAUUCGAAGAUGAUUGAAUCUGAGCUCAACGUCAGAUUCAAGUUCAUCUUGAACGGGACACCGGAGGCAGAAGGAGCCAGAGAGUUUGCCCGGAAUGAGAUGAUGCAAAAGCUAGGUUCGACGAAACCGGAACUCCUAGAAGCGAUAAUUCCCAAGAAUUUUGGUGUCGGGUGUAGGAGGCCGACGCCCGGGAACGGAUUUCUCGAGUCGCUGAACCAGGACAAUGUCCGUGUCUUCACCUCGCCCAUGAAAGAAAUCAACGCCGAAGGCUUCGUCGACAACGAAGGCCAGCAACAUGACGUAGACGUUAUCAUCUGUGCGACAGGGUUCAACACCAGCUGGAUCCCUAGAUUUCCGGUCGAGGCAAAUGGCCACAGCAUCGCGAAGAUGUGGGCCAAGGAAGCCACGUCAUAUCUCUCUCUAGGAGUUUCGCACAUGCCGAAUUACUUCAUGAUGGGUGGCCCGUACGGUCCGCUUGGCCAUGGAUCGUUCCUCCCGAUCAUUGAGACGCUUGCCGGCAACAUCAUUCAGGUCAUUCAGAAGAUGCAGAAAGACCGAAUCAAGAGUCUGACCCCUAAGCCCGAGAUCGCCGAGCAGUUUAGAGAACAUGCACAGCUGUUUCUGAAGAGGACGGCGUGGACGUCGGGAUGUAGUUCGUGGUUCAAGCAAGGAAGAAUCGACGGUCCGCUACCCAUGUUUCCAGCUUCUCGCCUGGUGUACAUGGAUCUGCUCGCGACGCCGAGGUUUGAGGACUAUAACAUUGAAUAUUUGAAUUCUCUGAACAUGUUUGAAUUCUUGGGCAACGGCUUCGCAAGUCGCGAGUUUGACGGACGCGACUUGUCGUAUUAUCUUGGCCUGUUGCAUGACGACGACCACCAGAUCGACCUCGAGGGAGAGAUUCACGAGGAUCUUGAGAAGCUGAACCUCAUACAGCCAUAG